UGCGUGCAGUACCGUUUGGUGGUUCGGGACGCGAGCACCCUCCAGAUCCUCCAGCUGUACACUUGCCUGGAUCAGAUCCAGCAUAUAGAAUGGUCGUCUGAUUCUCUGUUCAUAUUAUGCGCCAUGUACAGGCGUGGGAUUGUCCAGGUCUGGUCCUUGGAGCAGCCAGACUGGCACUGUAAGAUAGACGAGGGGUCAGCGGGAUUGGUGGCUUCAUGCUGGAGUCCGGAUGGUCGUCACAUUCUCAACACAACGGAGUUCCAUCUGCGGAUAACUGUGUGGUCCUUGUGUACAAAAUCGGUGUCUUACAUCAAGUAUCCCAAAGCUUGUCAGCAGGGGAUAGCUUUCACUAAGGAUGGCCGCUAUAUGGCAGUAGCAGAAAGGCGUGACUGCAAGGACUUCGUUAGCAUCUUUGUAUGCAGUGACUGGCAGCUACUGAGACAUUUUGACACGGAAACGCAAGAUCUGUUUGGGAUUGAAUGGGCUCCCAAUGGCUGUGUUCUGGCAGCGUGGGAUACGUGUCUGGAGUAUAAAAUAUUGCUGUACUCCCUUGAUGGCAGACUGCUAUCCACGUAUCGGGCUUAUGAAUGGUCGCUAGGCAUAAAAUCAAUCGCCUGGAGUCCCAGCAGUCAAUUUUUGGCAAUUGGCAGCUAUGAUGAAAAGGUGCGUAUCUUGAACCAUGUAACUUGGAAGAAGAUUGCAGAGUUUGAGCAUCCAGCAACCAUUGCUAACUCCAAGACUAUUGUGUAUAAAGAAGUGGAGAAAUCCCCAUCUGUUGAAACAGAGAGACUUUCUUUCCCUCCAACAAGAACGUUGGCUAGUUCUCGCUUCAGCACACAAAGUAAAUAUGACAUUUCCCAGAUGCCAGUUUCUUUACAGUACAUCAAACCAGCUACUGACAGGGCAAAUCCCAAAAUGGGAAUUGGGAUGUUGGCAUUCAGUCCAGAUAACUGUUUCCUGGCAACUAAAAAUGACAACAUUCCUAACGCUGUCUGGAUCUGGGACAUUCAAAAGCUGAAACUGUUUGUAGUCUUAGAGCAGAUGUGCGCGAUCCAAUCUUUCCAGUGGGAUCCACGACAACCUCGACUCGCUCUGUGUACAGGAAACAGCAAAGUCUACUUAUGGUCCCCGGCUGGCUGUGUGUCAGUGCAGGUUCCAGUGGAAGGUGACUUCCAGAUCGUGUCUCUCUCCUGGCACUCUAGUGGAGACUCCAUGGCGCUUCUGAGUAAGGACAACUUCUGUCUGUGUUACUUAGAAAGAGAAGAGGUAAAAUAACACUCAUUUGCACUACAACUGCUCACAAGUUUGAGGAAGAGUGAGGAAAGGGGUCAAACCCCAUUGCCCAAUCUGAAGGUUUUGUAUUUAUAAAUUAUUUAUUUGAAGGAGCGUACCCAAACUCCAAUAUGUAAAGUACUGUGAUUGCAUUUGAACGAGGUGAUGUAGCAACUAAAGCGUGGAGAAGGAAGUCUGGAUUUUGAGAUGACUCUAGUACUGAUGUAGUUGAACUUUCUCUUGGACUUUGUCAACUAUGAAACCCUAUUUUCUAAAAUGGUAACUGUGUGUAUAUAAUGUAUAGCUAUUAUUUAAAUUUUAUAAUUUCCAAUAAAUACUUUGAUAGUUGUAACCUUGGUACGACUCUCACUAUAAA